ACAUCACGUCCGAAAGCAUUUAAAAAUGUGGUGCAGACUCGGAUAGUCUCAGACGACUGAAACAGCUCAUUAGCAAAACUUGAAGAUCAACUUCAGAUCAGAAACCAUGAGGGCAUCAUCUUUGUGUCUGGUGUUCGGGCUGGUCCUGCUGAUGGCCUGGACUCCUGAGGCUCAACUUGCCGCUGCAGUUCCAGAGAGGUGUUGCUUCAAUUUUAUCGACUUCCCAAUUCCUGCCGAUAAAAUUGUGAGUGCUUUGAAGACAGGUUCAAAAUGCCCUGCCCCUGGCGUUGUGGUUACAACAAAAAAACCUUUGGAAUUUUGUGUGAAUCCAGACGAGGAAUGGGUUAAGAAAGUAAUGAAUAAUCUUGAAACUGUGUAACUCAAAACACGUGCACAAAAUAAUACUGUUAUUGAUUUACUCAACGGUCCUUUCCUAUCAAAUGUUUUUUUUUAAUUUUUUUUUGCAUCUCCUUAAAAAAUACUGCAAGAUACUGAAUGUCAAAAUGUCUUUUGAAUGUCUUUUCAUCUUGGCUCAAUCUAUGCAAAUAAAUAUUAAAAUGCACUGAGAUUA